AUGAGAGGAGGAGUGGGAGAAGGUAACUGUGCUGCUGGGUUUGGUGUAUGUUGUGUAUUCUCUAGUACAUGUAAUGAAGAAACUUCACAGAAUACAACAUACUUCUCUAGUCCUAGUACUAUACCGGCAGUCCUAGUACUAUACCGGCAGGUAAAUAUAUGGUUUGGUGUAUGUUGUGUAUUCUCUAGUACAUGUAAUAAAGAAACUUCACAGAAUACAACAUACUUCUCUAGUCCUAGUACUAUACCGGCAGUUUGUAGUUUGAUGAUAAGACCAUUGAAUGAUAACAUUUGUCAGGUUCGAUUGAAUUUCCUAACUCUGAACCUGGAGGACCCGGAUAUUUCUGGAUUCUGUAGAAACGACUAUCUCCAGGUGACCGGAGGAGUAUCCCAGAGUGGUAAGAUCCCAACUAUCUGUGGAUCUAACAAUGGGCAGCAUGUUAUCUAUUCUUCAGUUGCUAACUUUCCCGCCAGAUUAUCAAUAGUAGUCAAUACACAGACUUCAACAGCUAGGUAA